AUGGUGAAAGCAUCUUUUCAAGUGGCAUUAAUGUUUACCCACUUCAGUCUACAAUCUGAAAACAACACGGACGCUGUUUGUUUGUACGAUGGCACCAACCAAACAGAGAAAAUGUUAGCAGUGUUCUAUGGCGGUCAGCCUCCCCCCAGGAAUGGAAUUUACUCUUCCUCAAACAGCCUUCUUGUAGUAUUCAGAUCAGAUGAGAAUGGCUCCUUCUAUGGGUUCCAAGCUUCUUAUAGCGCUGUUAAGUGUUCUGGACCCCUUGGAAUGGAGAGUGGCGCGAUUUUGGAUGCGCGAAUAAGUGCGUCUUCGCGAAUGAAUAACAACAGCACACCAAGACAGGCGAGACUGAACUUCAUUGAACAGGGCAGCAAGGAAGGGGGAUGGUCGUCUCUUGUAAAUGAUCGUGAGCCAUGGCUUCAGGUGGAUCUUGGCAGUUACACCACAGUGACAGGUGUGGCGACUCAGGGGAAGAACUCUUCAAAAUUGCGGCAGUGGAUAACAACUUACACGUUACAAUUUAGUUAUGACGGAGUGAUCUUCCAGUUAUACAAAGAACCUGAUAAAAUGUCAGCUAAGGUACUCCACGGCAAUCAAGACAGUGAUACAGUUGUGUAUAACAAGUUGAUCUCACCAAUCAAUGCUCGUUACAUCAAGCUAUUGCCAGUCACGUGGCACAACCACACAUCACUCAGAAUGGAGCUCUAUGGGUGUCAAGGUUGUUCCUCACCACUUGGCAUGGAAAGCCAGGUUAUCUCCGAUAGUCAAAUUACCGUCUCCACUCAAUGGUAUUACAAUCCUCCUAAAUCUGCACGGUUGAACUUGGGCGGCUGGGUUGCUUAUAGUGCUAAUCGUAGACCAUGGCUUCAGGUGGAUCUUGGAACUUACUCAACUGUGACAAGUGUCGCAACUCAAGGAGUGAACUGGUUCUGGCGGAGCUUGUGGCCCUGGCACCAUUACAACUUAUGGAUAGUUAGUUACAAUUUACAAUACAGCGAUGAUGGAAAAGCCUUUAAUUUUUACAAAGAACCUGGAGAAACGCUACCUAAGGUGUUUAAUGGAAAUCAAGACUACCUGUCAGUUGUGCGUAACAAGCUAAAGCAGUCAAUCACAGCUCGUUACAUUCGAUUCAAACCUUUACGCUGGAACGGUUAUAGAGUCGGAAUGCGAACCGAAAUAUAUGGUUGUCUAGAAUGUGCAGUCCCUCUUGGCAUGGAAAGUGGGUCAAUAUCUGACGCGCAAAUCACUGCUUCCUCGCAAUCGGAUGGAAACCACUCCCCAGUACAAGUCAGGUUGCAUUUUCAGGCCGAGGGAAGCAAAGCCGGAGGGUGGUCGGCUCUUACAAAUGAUACCAACCAGUGGCUUCAGGUGGAUUUUGGUAGUUACACUCGAGUGACACAAGUGGCGACUCAGGGGAUGAACGGAGCCGAUGAGUGGGUGACCAGAUACAAGUUACAGUACAGUGAUAAUGGAGUGAACUACAAGUUCUACCAAAAAACUGGAGACAAUUCGGUUACGGAGUUAAGGGGAAACCGAGACCGUGACGAAGUUGUAUAUAAUACACUUCGUCCGUCACUCAAAGCACGGUAUGUCCGCAUAAUCCCAACACAGUGGAACAAAAAUAUAUCCAUGAGGAUAGAGCUCUUUGGAUGUUCAGAUUGUAUUUUACCAGUCGGUAUGGAGAGUGGCUUAAUCUCCGAUGAUCAAAUUAGUGCAUCAUCUCAACUAGAUUAUAAUCAUGCGCCACAGCGUGCCAGACUGAAUACCAAGAUAAGUGGAACAAAGCAGAGCGGUUGGCUUCCUCUUACAAAUGACCGUGAUCAAUGGCUUCAGGUGGAUCUUGGUAGUUACACUCGAGUAACACGAGUGGCGACUCAAGGGAGGGAUGGCUAUGACGAAUGGGUGACUUCUUUUGAGUUACAACACAGUAUUAACGAAAUCAAUUUCAGGUCGUACAAGGAAGUUCUUGGAGGCAACCGCAAGAUAUUUACCGGAAACAGCGACAGUGAAACUACUGUUUACAAUAAUCUCAAACCGCCAAUCACAGCACGAUACAUAAGGAUCUUACCCAUAGAAUGGUAUACAAACAUAGCGAUGAGAAUAGAGAUCUACGGUUGUACAGUGUGCAGUACACCUCUUGGAAUGGAAAGUGGAGAAAUCAAGGAUUCACAAAUAACCGCCUCUACACAGUGGUCAAACAGUAAUGCCCCAUCAAGUGCCAGGUUGAAUUUAAAGUUCACUGGAGUAAAGAGAGGAGGCUGGUCAUCUCAUGUACUGGAUCUCAGACAAUGGCUUCAAGUGGAUCUUGGCAGCUAUACCACUGUGACUGGUGUGGCAACUCAGGGGAGGAAUGGAUAUCGGCCAGGGCAGUGGGUGACCAAGUACAGGUUGCAAUACAGUAAUGAUGGAGUGAACUUCCAUUUCUACAAAGAAAAAGACGACAACUCAUUCAAGCUUUUUGAUGGUAAUCAAAACACCGACAGCAUUGUAUAUCAUAAGUUGGCGAGGCAAAUUACGGCACGUUACAUCCGGUUCAUUCCGGUGGAAUGGCGAAAUCAUAUCUCUAUGAGAGUGGAAAUCUAUGGCUGUGAAGGAUGCUUUGCACCGCUUGGUAUGGAGGAUGGAACAAUCACUGAUAUCCAGGUCAGUUCUUCUUCGCGACUGGAUGACAAUCAUUCACCAAGUCAGGCCAGAUUGAAUUUUAAAGAAGAAAGAAAUAUGGCUGGUGGAUGGUCAGCUCAGUUAAACGAUAAAAACCAAUGGCUACAAGUCGAUCUUGGCAGUUACACUAGUGUGACGCGUGUGGCGACUCAAGGGUUGAAUGCCAAGGACGAGUGGGUGACCAAGUACAAAUUACAGUACAGUGACGAUGGAAAAAACUACCCGUAUUACAGGAAACAGGAUGACGACAAAUGGACGGUGCUGAAUGGUAAUAAAGGAAGUGAUACCAUUGUAUAUAACAAUCUGAAUCCUCCAAUCACAGCACGGUUUAUACGGUUUAUACCAACCGGUUGGCACAAUAAAAUCUCCAUGAGAACAGAGAUCUAUGGCUGUCCAGCAUGUAUGACUGCCCUUGGAAUGGAAAGUCAGGCAAUAGAAGAUGCUCAGAUUAGUGCUUCUUCGCAACUGGAUGGUAGCCAUUCUGCAAUACAGGGAAGACUGCACCUUAAGAGAAAUGGUCAAAAGCAGGGUGGCUGGUCGGCACUUACAAAUGAUCUUAAUCAGUGGUUACAAGUGGAUCUGAAUACUUUUGCACGGGUAACGGUAAUAGCGACUCAGGGGAGACAUGGAUCCGAAGAAUGGGUCACCAAAUACAAUUUGCAGUACAGCGAUGAUGGUGUAACCUUCACUCUCUACAAGGAAUCUGACAGCAGCUCAGAAAAGGUGUUUGACGGAAAUCAAGAUUCAGAUACUGUCGUGUACAACAAGCUGACUUCACCAAUAACAGCUCGGUACAUACGGCUGAUACCAAUGAUUUGGAAACACCGCAUCUCGAUGAGGAUGGAAUUGUAUGGCUGCCCAGGAUGUGUGUCACCGUAUGGCAUGGAAAAUCGCAAAAUUUCUGAUUCCCAAAUUAAGUCGUCUUCACAACUGGACGAAAAUCAUUCUGCAAAGCAUUCCAGGUUGCAUUUAAAGGCAAACAGAGAAAAUGAAGGAAGCUGGUCAGCGCUUAGAAAUGACGUAAACCAAUGGCUUCAGGUGGACCUCGGUAGUUACAUCCGAGUGACGGGCAUAGCUACUCAGGGAAGGAAUGGGCACAAUGAGUGGGUGACAAAGUUCAGGCUGCAAUACGGCGAAGAUGAAGAUGUCUUUCAUUUCUUUGAGGAUCCAGGCGAUUUUGCUGCAAGGGUUUUCAAAGGAAAUACAGACAGCGACACUGUUGUGUACAACGCACUGACUCCACCAAUCAUAACGCGUUAUAUUCGAUUUAAACCUGCUGAGUGGCACAAACGAAUAUCAAUGAGGAUCGAGAUCUAUGGCUGUCCAGGUUGUACAAAUCCUCUUGGAAUGGCAGUUGGAUCAAUAUCUGAUAUUCAGAUAACAGCAUCAUCACAACUGGAUGGCAAUCACUCCGCAUCACAGGCCAGGUUACAUUUCCAAGCCGAUGGUUACAAAGUUGGGGGUUGGUCAGCUCUCACAAAUGACAGUAACCAAUGGCUUCAAGUGGAUUUUGGUAGGUACACAAAAGUGACGCGCUUGGCAACUCAGGGGAUGGAUGGCUACAAUCAGUGGGUGACCAAAUACAUGUUACAAUACAGUGAUGAUGGAAUAAACUUUUACCUCUACAAGGAAGCCACAUCCAGUUCUGCAAAGGUGUUCGAUGGAAAUAAAGAUCAAAAGACUGUUGUUUAUAACGUAUUGAGCCCACCAAUAACCACACGCUACUUUCGACUGAAGCCGGUGGCCUGGAACGACCACAUAUCGAUGAGAAUGGAGAUCUACGGCUGUCCAGGUUGUGCAGCACCCCUUGGCAUGGAUAGCGGAGCAAUCACCGAUGCACAGAUAAGUGCUUCUUCACAGUGGGAUGAUAACCAUGCGGCCAGGCAAGGAAGGUUGCAUUAUAAGAGAGUUUUUGGCACCUCCGGUAGCUGGUCAUCACGUACAAAUGAUUUAAAGCAAUGGUUUCAAGUGGAUCUUGGUCAAUACACUACAAUAAAUGGUAUAGCUACCCAAGGCAGAAAUCAUCCUCGGAUAGACCAGUACGUGACAGCAUACAAGUUACAGUAUAGUGACGAUGGAGUAUCUUUUCGCUUUUACAAGGAGACGCCACUUGAAGCUGGGACGGUAUACCUUUAUAGUCACAUUGAUUCUAUAGGAAAAUUCAUUACCUGA